AUGAAGGGCGCGAUCGCGAAGGAUCAGGUCGAUUUUCAGUUGGAAACGGGCAUGGUUACUCUGGCUGCGAAGAUGCUGGCCGUAGGCUUAACAGACAUGGCAUACCAAGAGCUCAAAAUUUUGAAAUCGAGGCUCGAAAUGGAAGAGGGAGAAGGCGAAGCGACAGACAACGCGACAAGAGUCGAAGACCUCUUGCAUUUCGAGACGGCCAUCUGCGAAGAGCGGCUUCCGAUCGUGGCGAAUUGUCAAGUUCAGGCUCUGAAAUUGAUUGCGUCCACUAAAAAGGCGACUCAGAUUGAAGGUUCGCUGCGGUAUCUGAAGGAGUGCGACACGUCUCCCUCACGCAUCUUGGAAAGAUACGCUGAACAAGGGCCGGGUGACGCCCAGAAAGCAGCUCGACUGCUGUCACAAUACUCUUCCACCCUUUUGUCACUGGCGCCGAGUAUCUCAAGCGCUGAAGAUUCUAAUGCAUUAGAGCCACGACUGAGCCCUUCCCCUGCGACGGCCUUUCACCUGCAGACAAUCGCCUUCCAGGCGCAGAUUUCUUGGUGGAGACUCCUUGGUCACAAAGGCAAGCCCGACGAAGAGCUUCUGGCGCCUUUCUCUCGAUGUCUGCGCUGCUUUGCGCGGCGCGCUACGAACGAUCCUGCUACAUAUAGACUCAUGUCUUCAGCUUUCAGCGAUAUCAAGGGCGGCCUGCAAGCUCAAGGCUACACCCUUUCCAACGCCGAGAACUCGCCCAUGUACGUGAUACACUCAUGCUUAGGAGCCAUGGCGCAUACCCAUCGGCAGUACGCCGAUGCUGUGCACUGGUACAACUCGAUACAAAAUGUGCUACAGUCGCCGCAAGAGCCGUCCGUGCGGAUUUGCUCGAUCUCAGCCCGGAUAUUAGCAGCCAUGUUGAAAACCGAGAAGUCGGGAGAAAUUGAGGCGAAGCUCGUGGAGGAUGUCAUUGAGAGCUUCAACGCGCCGUUAUGCGGCACCGGAGCGGAAGUGAACGAGCUUCUGGAAAGCCUCUCGUUGGCGCGGCGCUCGGUAGCUGGCCUGCUCAUGCAGAAUUGGGACAGCAAAAGCGGAAUCUCUCCUCAUCUCAAGGAGCUCCUGAAGAAAUUCUUGCUGCGGUUUCCUCGAUUUGUGAGGCGUUGGCUUGGAACACCACCUUCUGGAGACACUUCCACGAAACAAAUGCUACAAUUCGAUCAACGCCGGCAGGCAGUCCACCCAUCUUUGUCCCAGGUCCUCGAUGGAACACUGAUCAUCGUAAAAUCCGAGAUAGGGUCAGAAUGGCAGAUGCUUGACGAUGUCCUGCAAGACUGCACGACCUUGCUGAGAAACAUCCACGACCCUGCUCUGCCGCAAGCUAAGUUCGAACAGUUAGCAUCUUAUGAUGUUAAGAUCUCGAGCUUAUACUUCUCAAUCUACUCGCAAUAUCGCAAAACAAUCGAGAGCCCCAAGUCCAAGAAACUGGCGCUGCUGGCAUUGAAGCGAUCCAUCGACGUCGUCCAGGAUGGCACGAUAGAGCAAAAGGAAAAGGCGCAGUUGUCCGUCAAACUAGAAAUCAUGGCCGAUCUGUGCAAAGAUACAGGCCAUCCGGAGCAGGCGUCGAAGACCCUACGCUCAAUCUGUACAAGCAUGGUGGAGGAGGGAGUUUUAGCAACGGUCUCCUCCUGUCUUUCCAUCAAGUCGCCGCGACAAGCAUGGUCCGAAACCGAAAAGGCAAGUACACUCUCGCGAUCACUCAGGUCGAUCGCGCGACUGGACGAUACCUGGAAUGAUUGGACCUUCUUCAUGGCCGAAACCGAGCGCGCUGCUGUUCUCGAGCAUCUCCUGCAGAUCAGCGCAGAGGACUCACAAAAGCCGUUGAAGUUGCACGACCCUGGCAUGGGUGCCUUGCUACGCAUCUACUCCCCUGAAAAGUACCCGAUCCGCCGUCUGCGAGUUCUGUUGAAGCUCUUUGCGCAUCAGAUCGGUCAGAAGAGUGGCAACCUACGCGAUGUUUCUGCGCUGUGUGAUCAGGCAUUGCGUCACACGAACAAGAAGGACAUGGCGGAGGAUGAUGGCCUGUCCAAGUUUGUCCGUCAUCUACACCUUCUUCACGCUUCAACCACGGCCCUAGCGUCUGUUGAAGGCCCGUUCCCUGUGGAAGCACUCCAAACCUCCGUGACAAGCUGGACCGAGCUGUUGCAGGGCUGCUCCUGUGAAGCCGAUGUACUCAACAGAAUUGACGAGCCUGAUGCUCUCCUCCGUCAUCUGUUGUCUGUCAACCAGCUGUCCAGCUUGAGGGGAGAGAGCCGCCUGCAGCUCUCAGUACUUGAGUUGUGCGUCCAACUCGCUAGGCUCUAUGCGGGUCAGUCAAGCGAUGAGGUAGUUGCUUUCCACUGCAAGCUGGCUACGCAGUACAUCAACAUUGGUCUCUUCACGGAGGCAUCGAAGACAUUGGAAGAACUUCGAACUUUAAUGCAACAGAACGGGCAGCCAGCUCCGAUGACCAUGACACAGCUCUAUCUUGCUCAAGCCGAGUACAUGGCUGGAAUCGACGAUGCCAAGUCAGCACUUGCUUGUCUUUCGAAAGUGUCUACAUCCAGUGCACCAGGCGCCAAAUCGAGUGUCCAGGAGAUAGUGACCGCCGCUCAGGCUUCUCUUAUCCGAUCUGGCCUCGCCCUCAGAUCUGGUGACAUACAACAAGCACUCGAGUCCACAAGGAACAUGGUGCGGCUACUGUCGCAUGAAUGGACAAGACUUGACGGCGCGUCCUUGGCUGCCGUGGCGGUGGAAAAUCGCACGCUGGCUGAUAGCGUUCUUGGGAAAGCUCAUCCAAAGAUAUCUCGUGCGCCUUUUGGACCACAGCUAUGGACGCUGGCGCCACCCUUGUUUGAGAACUUGAUGCUUUUGUCCUCCAUUCACGCCCACGUGGGCAUGUACCAAGAAACUUUGUUCUACUGCGAGACCGCCAUGAGAGUCGCCGAAGGCUCAGGCUCGUCGCUCUUCCUGGCAACAGCAUCCGCUCGGGCCGCUUCCAUCUUUGUCAAGUCGGAGCAAACCGAAAAGGGACUCGAGCACCUGGGUGUUGCGUGUGCGCACAUGCCAGCCCAGGCGUGCGCUGCGCGGGUGAAGCUCGCCAAGCAGAUCGCCGAGGUGCAUCGUGAGCUUGGUGAUGAGGCGAAACUAGCCGAAUACCUGGCCGUGGCUGAGGAGACGACUAGGCAACUUGCGAUGCAAAAGCAGGACUGGAAAAAUGUGGCAUCUUCAUUGGAGCUUGUCAAGGGUUUGCCAAAGUUGUUUGGUGCGCUUCGCCAAGAGCAGCUCAUUACGGCGACUCGGUAUCUUUGCAUGAGCGCAGAGCAGAUGAACGACGACCCAGUCUUCUCCAUCAUGCAUGAGUCGACGAUUUCGUUCCCUGCCGUGGUGGGCGUCGCCGAGAAAGGCAAGCGCGAGUCUUUGUCGCCAGGGUUUGCCGAGGCUUUGAAGCAAGCUCAAGAGGUAUUGCUGGAGGCACACGAGUCAGCCCUUGUCAACGGCGAGAAUGCACUCCUCCAUCGCAUCGCAACCUUGCUCCAAAGCACGGUCAUCUCGCUGACAGCUGCAUCUGGCCCAGCGACAACGGCGGUCAUCCGGUCCGAAUCGACAACUGUGGCUGUCGAGCUUGCGCGCAAUGCGAUGUGGAAACGCGAGCAACUGACAAUCGAGUCGAGCAAAGAGUUCAAGGAUGUACCUGAUGGCGUGGCAACCGCGCUGGCGGAGCAGCUGGCCGGACUCGAACUGCAGUCGGACAUGGGCCGCUUUCAGCAGCACUUUAUCGAGCUGAUCCCCAAGAAGUGGAAUGUGGUUUCCAUGUCGUUGAGCGAGAACCAUCGCGACUUGUGUAUCACCAAGUUCCAGGCUGGUCACAGCCCGUUUAUUCUACGACUACCCCUGGAACGUGCCAAUUCCCGCGAUGCCGAUUCCGAGGUCUUCAAUUUCCAGCACGGAAGGGAUGAGAUGCUGGACGUGAUUGCCAAUGCUAAUCGCACGAGCCAUUCUGGGGGUGACAUGACUUCCAGGGCUGGACGCAACGCGUGGUGGGCUGAACGAGAGGCCCUUGACGAGCGCCUCAAGGAGCUUCUUUUGAUCAUGGAGACAACGUGGCUGGGUGGGUUCAAGGGCAUCUUCUCACACCAUCAGCGACGGCCUGAUUUGCUGGCUCGCUUUCAGAAGAGUUUCCACCAGCUUCUUGAACGCACCCUGCCAUCGCGCAAUGGUCGUGGCGGCGGACGUGGCAAGAAGAAAGCGGCCAAGUCCACCCCAGCGACGCUGGAUCCCCGGAUCUUGGACCUAUUCAUUGGCCUAGGGGACCCCACGGAUCCGACUGUUGACUUUGAUGAGGCACUGAACGAUCUGCUAUACUUUGUGGUGGAUAUCCUGCAGUUCCACGGCGAGCACAACGCGUACGAUGAGAUUGAUUUCGACGCCAUGGUCGUUGAGACUUAUGAUGCCCUCCGAGGGUACUAUGCAGCGCUUCGAGCUGAUGGAGACGACAGCACCGCUGGCACUCACACCAUCCUCGUGCUGGACAAAGCGCUGCACAUGUUUCCCUGGGAGUCCAUGCCUUGUCUGAAGGAGCUUCCCGUGUCGAGAGUUCCCUCCUUGGCAGCGCUUCGGAGGCUUAUUACCGAGGCCAAGGCUUCGAAGAAUAAGAUGAACAACGGUGGCGAUGAUGUCGCAGAUGGUCACUAUAUAUCCCCCCAGGAGGGAGGAUCGUACAUUCUCAACCCCUCGUCCGAUCUGAAGAACACACAAUCUUAUUUUCAGUCCUCCUUUGGAACGCUGCCGUCGACUUGGACAUCCCACGUCAACGUUGCGCCCACCGAGUCUGCGAUGCAGGAGGCCUACGCUACCUCGCCUAUACUGCUGUACUUCGGACACGGCGGUGGCGCCCAGUACAUCCGCGCAAAAAGAGUUCGCAGCAUCCCAAAGAUUUCUUCAACUGCGUUCCUCAUGGGCUGCAGCUCGGCAGCGCUGAACCGCGCUGGAGAGUUUGAGGUAUACGGCCUAGUGUGGAAUCUGAUGGUGGGCGGCUGCCCAGGCGUAGUGGGCACGCUGUGGGACGUGACUGACAGAGACAUUGAUCGGUUCGCGGGUCGUUGCUUCGAGAAAUGGGGACUCUUUCCCCGCGGCACAUUUAAGGAUGACGGCAAGGGAACCAGUGCCUAUGGCGACGAAGAGGACCAGGGUGAUCACUUCAGCUUGGCGGAAGCGGUGAUGAAGGCGCGUGCGGCGUGUCGGUUCCGGUAUCUGAACGCGGCUGCGGUGGUAAUGUACGGGAUUCCGGUAUAUAUAGAGGAAUAG